AUGACGCGCAAUGCAAUGCCUCGCCUACCGCCCUGCCUCUUCCGCCGCGCCCACGCCAUCUCACCCCAUGCCGCCGUCCUCCUGCCGGCGUGCCGCGAUGUACCCUCCGCGGUGACCGAGCUUCGCUGGAUCAGGUCGCACGUCGCAAGCAGCGGUAGGCAGCCGUCAUCAAGAGCGCUUCUGCCCAGCCAAGAUGAGCAAGAAGCCCGCGUCGCACGCCUCUGCGCAAAACGCGGCCGCGGCGUGCCCCUGCAGUACGUCCUCGGCUCCCAGCCCUUCGGAGCACUCGACAUCAAGUGCCGGCCCGGCGUGCUCGCCCCGCGCGCCGAGACGGAGGCGUACGCGAUCCAUCUGGCCGACAUGGUCACGCUUGGCCAGCUGCCUGGUUUCGAGAACAGAGAGCUGCGGGUCGUGGACUUUUGUACGGGCACUGGGUGUAUCGCGCUCGCGCUGUACGAGCGUCUUACACGAUGGGCCAAGAAGCUCAGCGUCGCGGGCGUCGAUGUCUCGCCCAUCGCUGUCAAUCUCUCGCGAGAAAAUUUGCGGCGCAACAUGGCUACAAAUUCACUAAUACCGCCGUCUCCCGACAAGGAGGUGACUUUCCGAAAAGCAGACGUCUUCCAGGAGGCUGAUAUGCAGUCGCUUCAACGAUGCGAUGUACUGAUAUCAAACCCGCCGUACAUAUCACGCAAGAUUUGGACCUAUGGUCAGGGCCAGAUGGGCUACUCUGUGCGAAAGUACGAGCCGAAGCUCGCGCUCGUGCCGGGGGAGAUGGUGCCUACGUAUGAGGGGUGUGAUCAUGCCGACGUCUUUUACGCCAGAUUGCUCGACAUUGGAAGUCGGCUACGGACGCGAGUCUUACUAUUCGAGGUGGGAGAUGAGGAACAGGCUCUUAGGGUUGUCAAGCUCGUCAGACGCAAUGACUUUACGAAGCAUGCUCUGUGCGAGCUCUGGAGGGACUGGCCAGACUUGUCGCCCGAAGAAGAUGAAGUGAGUUCAUUCCAUGUCGAUGGGGAGAUGAUUACUGUCAAGGGCAGCGGGAAUGUUCGAUCAGUCCUGAUUCGUCUAUGA